GACGAGGCGGGCGUGCCCGACUACUUCACGGACGCGCUCAAGACCCUGGGGCACAAGCGAACGACGCCCGUGCAGCGAGAGUGCUGGCCGCCGGCGUGCGUGGGCCGCGACGUCCUCGGCAUCGCGCCCCCGGGCUCCGGCAAGACCCUCGCCUACCUCCUCCCCGCGGUGGAGUUUGCGAUGCGCGACGCCAGGGAUAACCCAAGGAAAAAGCGCGAUCCCCCCGGCCGGCCCUCCGCGCUCGUCAUCGCGCCGACGCGCGAGCUCACGCAGCAGAUCGCGUCCGUGUGCAACAAACUGAAGCGCGCGGCGCCCGUGCGGUGCGUCGCGGUGUACGGCGGGGCGUCGCAGAGCGAACAGGAGGAUGAGCUCGCGCAGCCAACGUCGAUGGCGACGCUUGUGGUGGGCACCCCCGGGCGGCUGCUCGCGGUCAUGGGCACCGGCGCGCUCGGCCUGGAGCGGGCCAGGCUGCUGGUGCUGGACGAGGCGGAUCGUAUGCUCGCGCUCGGGUUCGCGGAGCAGCUCGAGCAGAUCCGCGAGGCUCUCCCGAGGCCCGGCCGACAGACGCUGAUGUUCAGCGCCACGUUCCCCAAGGGGGUUCGCGCGGUCGCAAAGGCUUGGCUCGCGCCGAAGCCCGCCAUCGGCGACGGCGUCGCCGCCGGGGACCUCAACGUGGACCAGACCGUGCACGUCUGCGCCGAGCACAAGAAGGGCAGGAAGUUGCUCAAGCACAUCACCGAGCUCAGGAAGAACGACGGGCGGAGCAAGAGCCGCGUGCUGGUCUUCGCCAACAGGAUCAAGACGGUUAACUUUGUCGGCGACUUGCUCAAACGGCACGGCGAGAAGGUGUGCACGCUGCACGGCGAGCUCAAGCAGGAGCGCAGGGACCAGGCGCUCAAGGACUUCAAGAGCGGUAAGUCCCCGGUGCUCGUCGCCACGGACGUCGCGGGGCGAGGUCUCGACAUCACGGGGCUCGAACACGUCGUCAACUGGGACAUGCCCGGCAGCGUGGAGCAGUACACGCACCGGGUCGGACGAGCCGGGAGGAGCGGGCGGAAGGGCGCGGCGCUCUCUUUCUUCACGCGUAACAUGGCGCCGAUCGCCCCGGACCUCGUGCGGCUGUUACGGCGCGGCGGGCACUUCGUGGAUCCCAACCUCGAGGGACAAAUUCGCCAAGGCUCCCGAGGGCGAAGACGACGAGGAGGAAGAAGAGGAGGAGGAAGAGGACGAGGAGAGCGAGGAGGAAGAAGAGGAGGAGGAGGAGGAGGAGGAGGAGGAGGAGGAGGAGGAGGAGAGCGACGAGGAGGACGAGGAGGAGGAGGAGGA